UCCACGCGAUAGGUGCAGAUUAUUUACUUUAGAAGGUCGAAGUUCAUAGUUUGAGCAUAAACCAACAUGGUUACCCAGCGGUUAGUUACCAUCUUACCCUGAAACGAUUGGACAGGGUGAUAUUGAAAUUGUUUAAAACAAGAAUAUGAUUUGCUGAUACUUUACACAUUUACUUCCGUAUUGAAACCAUUUAUAUCUUCACCUGUAAAGCAGUAACCGUUUAAAAAGGAGUUAUGAAGAUGAUGCUAGUUUUAAACCUUGUCGUUGUACUGUUAACGUUCCAAGUGGAGCUGAAUGGUGCUUCUGGACCAGAUAUUGGGAUUAAUAAAACGACUUCGGAAAUAAACUUGGGCGCCAUUUUCGAGGAAUUUAAACAGGAUUAUGGCAAACAAUACGCUAAUGCAUCCGAGGAGGCGCGGCGACGUGCGAUAUUUGCAGACAACGUUGAAUACGUCAACGCCCAUAACUUCCAGUUCGCAUUGGGGAAGAUGUCGUACUACAUGGGUGUCAACCAGUUCUCAGACAUGACGUUCGAAGAGUGGGCGUCAUUAUACACGAGUCGGAUGAUUGAUGACGUCGGCAACGGCAACGCUUCCACUUUUCUGACGCCAGAGAAUUUCAGGGCGCCGGGUUCUGUUGACUGGCGUCAAAAGGGUUACGUGACUUCAGUUAAAAGCCAGGGUGCUUGCGGAUCGUGCUGGUCAUUUAGUGCCACUGGGGCAAUAGAAGGACAACAUUUCCGGAAGACAGGCAAACUGAUAUCCCUCAGCGAACAACAACUCGUUGACUGCUCCCGUUCCUAUGGCAACAAGGGUUGUGGUGGAGGGUUCAAGGACCAGGCCAUGCUGUAUGUCAAGGACGCGGGAGGAAUCGAGUCAGAAAAAGUCUACCCUUACACUGACUCGAGUAAAGUGUUUUCUUGCCGAUUCACAAAGUCCAUGGCAGUUGCGACGGUGACUGGGGUUAAGAAAGUAGAUUCGACAGAAUCCAGUCUUAUGGAUGCAGUCGCGUCACAGGGGCCCAUUGCAGUUUCCAUCAAGGUCAACAAAAAAUUCAAGAAUUAUGCCGGAGGCAUAUUCUACGACUCAAGUUGCAUCAGUGCAGAAGCCGGUCAUGCGGUGUUGGCUGUGGGGUAUGGCUCGACCCCUGGGGAAUAUUGGCUCGUCAAGAACUCGUGGGGACCUCGCUGGGGCGAAAAAGGGUACAUCCGGAUGGCUAGAAACAAGGGAAACGUUUGUGGGAUCGCGAGAAAACCUGUGUUCCCGACAGUUUAGAUAAAGCUUCCAUGACAUAGCCUUAAGCAGAGACUUGUGACUUUUAGUUAGGCGAUGAUACAAAAACUGAUAUCAGCGUACAAUGGCGUCAUGUUUUUUUUUUAUAUAGAUUCGAUUAAGGCCCAUAUGUUUGAGAAGAAUACUAUAAUUAUUAGUAUUUGGAAUGUUGUUGAAACAAACCUAUCACAUGUAUGUUCAAACCAAUUAUCCAUGUAUUACCGUCAAUGAAUCUUAUUUCAUAAUCAUGUUUUUGUUUGCCUAGUUCGUUUUUUUAUAGAAAAUUUAUUUUGGUUUGUACAUCUUAAAACUUAUUCCGUGGAUGCAUUGCAACACUGCAUGCCUCUCAUGUGAGCAUAAGACACUCCUAAGACAUAGAACUCUAAUCAUAGAACUCUAUGUGUAUUGCUUAGAUCUCCCCGGUGCGGUCCAUAGCUGCAUCCCGAAGCAUAGAACUCCUCGGUACCCCCCUUAUGUUGUUGUUUUCUCCCACCCUAGAUAAGUAGAUCCUAAUACUUUAAAAAUUUGAAAUUCUCAUCUUCUAACGGGCAAAGAUAAAAAAGUAUGAUUAAAAAAUAUAAUUAGUAGUAGUGGUAGUAGUAGCAGUAGCAGUAGUAAGUAUAGAAGAAGUAGAAGUAGUAGUAGCAGUAGUAGCAGUAGCAGUAGUACAAAUGUAGUAGGAGUGGUAGCAGUAGCAGGAGCAGUAGUAGUAGCAGAAGCAAUAGUUGACGCAGUAGUAGAAGUAGUAGUAGUAGUAGCAGUAGCAAUAGUUGACGCAGUAGUAGAAGUAGUAGAAGUAGUAGCAGUAGUAGCAGUAGUAGCAGUAGCAGCAGUAGCAGUAGUAAGUAUAGAAGAAGUAGAAGUAGUAGUAGCAGUAGUAGCAGUAGUAGCAGUAGCAGUAGUACAAAUGUAGUAGGAGUGGUAGCAGUAGCAGGAGCAGUAGUAGUAGCAGUAGCAAUAGUUGACGCAGUAGUAGAAGUAGUAGUAGUAGUAGUAGUAGUAGUAGUAGUAGUAGUAGUAGUAGUAGUAGUAGUAGUAGUAGUAGUAGUAGUAGUAGUAGUAGUAGUAGUAGUAGUAGUGGAAGUAGUAGCAUUAGUAUAAGUUGUAGUAGUAGUAGUAGUAGUAGUAGUAGUAGUAGUAGUAGUAGUAGUAGUAGUAGUAGUAGUAGUAGUAGUAGUAGUAAUAGUAGUAGUAGCAGCAGCAGCAGCAGCAGUAGUAGUAGCAGCAGCAGCAGCAGCAGAAACAGCAGCAGCAGCAGCAGCAGCAGUAGUAGCAGCAGCAGCAGCAGCAGCAGCAGCAGCAGCAGCAGCAGCAGCAGCAGCAGUAGUAGUAGUAGUAGUAGUAGUAGUAGUAGUAGUAGUAGUAGUAGUAGUAGUAGUAGUAGUAGUAAUAGCAGCAGCAGCAGCAGCAGCAGCAGCAGCAGCAGCAGCAGCAGUAGUAGUAGUAGUAGUAGUAGUAGUAGUAGUAGCAGCAGCAUCAGGUAAUUGUAAUAACGGUAGUGGUGGUCGUGGUGGAAUGUAAAAUUAAUGUCCUUAAUUCAAUAAUGGUUUUAUACAGAGGAAAUUUAUGCAAAUCCAUCAUGCCUUCUGAUACCCGGGAAUUGUAUGGACCGGGGGUAAUAAUGCGUCGGACGCUCUAUAUGUCGAGAGCUGUAUGUGUUGUGAGUUGUAUGUGUUGGGAGUUUUAUGUGUCGGUAGUUGUACGCAUCACACGUGCAAUAAUUUGCUUUAUAGAAUUUAGGAUAAAAAAAUCGAUUUUACUUACUGAAACAAUAAAUGAAAUUCAAUUUUAUCCCCAACUCCAUCUUAACUUUUACCCUUAAUAACCGUCGUUUCUGAAUUUACCAAUUAAAUGCCAUAUUAUAUACUUUUUAGGCAUAUCAUAAAAAGAAAAAAAAUGUGCUUUUAGUUUAAGAUCGCAAAAAAAUUCACCUCGUUAACACCAUGAGAGAAUAUUUAACUUGUGGCUACGCCACUCGUAAAGCAGCUUAAAACAUUUGUGUUCACUUGGUAAAUAUAACGAUCUUACACUGAAACAAGAAAAUUUAUCUUUAUAUAUAAACUCAGAAAAUACAUUAUUUAAACUGAAUUAACUUUUUCUAAAACUCCUGCAAAAAACGUUAUAAAAUUCAAAUAUUUUAUCUAUAUAAUAAGCCUUUUUGCUGCCAUUUUCCUAAAGAAGAUCUGUUUGCUAAUAUAAUGCAGGCGCGUUGCUGACUGUACGCAAAUACGCAGUUGAGUAAUGAAACUUAGACAUGUUGAAGUUUUUUUUCAUACCAACACCCCCGAAUUUGAAAUGAAAACCGUAGGGGGUAAAGGGGUUAACAUAUGUUGUCCGGAAAUGACCUAAUUUCGAUCUGCGUAAUCCCAAAUUGGCCAUAGCUACGCGCCUGUAAUGGACCCAAAACAUGUCAACUUCUUAAAGUUCAUUAUUGUUUGUAUAUUUUUUUGUCAUUUAUCAAACUGAUCGCAGCAAAGUCUGUAGUACAUGGAAGUGGUAGCUUCAAUUUCCAACGCAUGGUGUGGCCUGAGAAAUCUGAGAUGGCUUCCAAAAAGGCCGAUAAAAAUCAAUUCAGUAAAACUGAUAAAUGUGGCAAAUCUCCUUGCUUAGAUAAGGAUGGAUAUUCACAUUGAUAUAACUUCUCUAAAAUUGUACUUAAAACACUGACCAAGUUUCAUGUAAUGGUCAUUUCAAGGUCAGAGUAUGAAAAAUCCCCCCGUUUUUUCAAUAUCCUUUUCUUCUUUUUAAGUACACAUGGACUUUCUUUGAGACUCAUAUGCUAUCAAAAUGGAAUGCUAAAUUUCCAAAUACAUUAAACUAUAAAAGCUAUAACACUCCUAGUUCAGCUACUACUUUGGAUGUUAUCAGCUUUAAACACAUUCUUGAUUCUUAUGCUUUUUAGAAUGAAAAAAAAAACGUGAAUACGUGCAGUCAAAAUGUUUUCUGACAGGAUUGCAUUGUUUUUUCUUAAAUACUGCAACAUAAUAUCGCUUAGUGAAAAGGAGUUGUAUUACAUUUUUUUUCUCAUUUAUUUUCAUAUAGACUAGUAAUAACACAUUAUCUUCAUCUAUAUAUAAUAUAACCUUCUUUGCAUUUUUUAUCAGUAUGGUUAAGCUCACACACACACACACGCACACACAUACACACACGCACACACACACACACGCGCACGCGCACGCGCACACGCACACGCACACACACACACACGACAGUGAUGUCCCCUACACUUAGAUAUGCAUACAAGUAAAAACUACAAUAGAGAAUUAAUAUUUGUUAAAUAAUUCAACAAAAACAUACAUUACGAAAAUAUAAAAAAUAAAAAAAUGAAUCGUUAUGGCUAUUUGUGUCUUUUACUGAUUAUGUUAGUUUCAGUAUUUCCUACUUUUUAUUGUGGGCUUCGUACUUAUCGUUUUUUAAAGCAAUUUGCCCUUCUAUUUUAAUCCUUAAUUUAAGAUACAUCAUAUAUGCAUUAAAGGAUAGAUGUCUAUUAUUGCACUUGGUUGAGUUUAUAUAAAAUUUCAUUAAAACAAUAAGGAAGUUGUAAACAUUACUAUAUUUGUUUUUACAUACUAUUCCCAAUAAAGCCUCACGUUUAUUGAUUAUGAUGUUAAUUGUUGUUGAGGCAAUAAAAUUAUUUAAUUUGUU